AUGUGUCUCCAUCACUGCCGAUGCGUGCCGCAACAAGCGAUGUUGGAUUUGGCCAGCAUCCUGAGCUACGCAGGCAAAGAUGCAAAGAACUGGAGCGACAGUGUACCAGGCGGUGCCUUCGAAAGAUGCCGCAGCUGCUUGACCGCUGAGUUUUGCAGGAUGCAUAGCCUGCUGGAGAGAGGACAAGAGGUUCAACACUUCAUCACAUUCACUGGUUGUCUGUGCCCCCGGUUUCUGCACGACUGCUUCGGGACGUGGUGCUAUGACAGGCUUGCGAAAGGUGGCGGCGCCAAGGGAUCAGUCAGGAUCUCAGAUUGCUUGCUCGGACAGCUUGCAGGAGAAAUCCAGGUCAGCACUUGCAAGGUCGGUUUGCCCACCUGA